GCGAGUCGCGAGUCGCUUCCUCACUCGCCCGCGCGCGCUCGCGACUGCCGCACGUACUAGAGACUUACAAAUCGUGUCGACAUCGAAAACUAUCGACAGUUAGUUCGUACCUUUGUGACAAUGGCCCCUUCUGCAAAUGCUGUCGUGGGGAUUGACGAUGAUCAGCGUUUUGCUCUAAUGAAGUUCCGAAGGAGCGUGAAAGAUGUCCUGAAACCGGAGCACAAUGACCAUUAUCUUUUGCGAUGGCUAAGAGCAAGACAAUGGGAUCCAGAGGCGGCAGAAAAAAUGCUCAGAGAUUCUCAAAAAUGGAGGGAGAAAUGGGGCAUAGAUACAACUCUUCAGACUUGGCAACCUCCAGAGGCGUUGGAGAAACACUUUCCUAGUGGAAGCACUGGUUUCGAUAAAGAAGGAUCGCCAAUAAUCAUCGUGCCCUUCGUGGGACUGGACGUGUGGGGCCUCCUGCACUCCGUAACUAAGACUGACGUCAUCCGCAUGAUCUUGCGGCACCUGGAGAACUACCUCGCAGUCGCCAGGAAACAGGCUGAGGAACGUGGUCCUGCUGCUUUGAAGGUGACAGUGAUUUUCGACCUGGAAGGGUUCAACAUCAGACAGUACGCGUGGAAGCCGGCCGCGGAGAUGGUGUUCACGUUACUGCAGCUGUACGAAGCCAACUACCCUGAGAUCUUGAAGGUCUGCUACAUUAUCAAUGCACCAAAAGUAUUCUCCCUAGCGUUCUCAGUGAUCAAGAAGUUCAUGCACGAGUACACGAUAUCAAAGAUCAAGAUUUUCGGCUCCGACCCCAAGAAAUGGCAGCCACAGGUCCUCAGCAUCAUAGACAAGGAACAGCUGCCGGUGCACUAUGGAGGUACCAUGGUGGAUGAGAAUGGAGACCCAAGGUGUUCGCUUAUUGUAAAGCCAGGUGGUAAAGUCCCUAAAAGCUACUACUCAAGCAAUCCGACGUUCGAGUCUGAGAAACAGUACAAGCGAGUCACAAUCAAGAAUGGAGAGAAACACGUUGUCGAUCUACUGUGUUCGGAUAACGACAGUGUUUUGAAAUGGGAAUUUGGAAUCGACCACCACGACAUAAAAUUCGUCAUAAAGCGACGAGACGAGGAAGGUAACGAGACUGUCGUGCACGGACCCAGGAAGGUCGCCGAGGGACCCACAGAUGUCGGAGUACUGGCCGUCACAGGACCUGCCACUUAUUCCGUAAUAUUCGACAACAAGAGUGCGUUCCGCAACAAGAAGGUUUACUACGACGUCCUGAUCUCCGUGCCGACCAGAGACCUGAACAUCAGCGAUGAUCCCGUGGACGACGCCAAACCUGCUGCGGCCUGCAGUACUACUCUAUGAAAACAUGGACUGUGACGUCAUAAUACACUAUUGUACCUUCUAAAUGUACUGGAUGACUUUUCCUUAGAUAAAAUCAU